CCAGGCCCAGCUGCGGCGCAUGACGCGGAACGCGCAGCUCCAGCGCAGUCAAACGCAGGCGGUGCAAACGGACUGUGAGCGGGCUGCAUGGCGGCGGCCGGGACCACUGCGGGCCCCACGGGGCCCGAGCCCAUGCCGAGCUACGCGCAGCUAGUACAGCGCGGCUGGGGCAGUGCGGUGGCGGCCGCGCGGGGCUGCGUGGACUGCGGCUGGGGGCUGGCGCGCCGCGGCCUGGCGGAGCACGCGCACCUGGCGCCUCCUGAGCUGCUGCUGCUUGCCCUCUGCGCUCUCGGCUGGACCGUGCUGCGCUCGGCGGCCACCACGCGCCUCUUUCGGCCCCUGGCCAAGCGGUGCCGCCUCCAGCCUAGAGAUGCUGCCAAGAUGCCUGAGAGCGCCUGGAAGUUCCUCUUCUAUCUGGGCGCCUGGAGCUACAGUGCCUACCUGCUCUUUGGCACCGACUACCCCUUCUUUCACGACCCACCUUCUGUCUUCUAUGACUGGACACCAGGCAUGGCGGUGCCACGGGACAUUGCAGCCGCCUAUCUGCUGCAGGGAAGCUUCUACGGCCAUUCCAUCUAUGCCACGCUGUACAUGGAUGCCUGGCGGAAGGACUCAGUGGUCAUGCUUGUCCACCACGUGGUCACCUUGGUCCUCAUUGUCUCUUCCUAUGCCUUCCGGUACCACAACGUGGGCGUUCUGGUGCUCUUCCUGCAUGACAUCAGCGACGUGCAGCUAGAGUUUACCAAGCUCAAUGUUUAUUUCAAGUCCCGCGGAGGCACUGACCAUCCUCUGCAUGCCUUGGCUGCCGACCUGGGCUGCCUCAGCUUCAGCCUCAGCUGGUUCUGGUUCCGCCUCUACUGGUUCCCACUCAAGGUCCUGUAUGCUACAUGCCACUGCAGCCUGCGCUCCGUGCCUGACAUUCCCUUCUAUUUCUUCUUCAACGCACUCCUGCUGCUUCUCACCCUCAUGAACCUUUACUGGUUCCUGUACAUCGUGGCUUUUGCUGCCAAGGUGUUGACGGGCCAGGUACGGGAGCUGAAGGAUGUACGGGAAUACGAUGCAGCAGAGGCCCUGAGCCCCAAGCCCAGCAAAGCUGACGCGUCCUUGGGUGAGGAUAAAAACAAAAGUACAGGAGUUAAAACUGUGUGGGAACAGAACCGAUUCACGCUUGAGCAAAUAAAAGGUCACCGAGAGGGAAGGAAGGACUGUUGGAACAUGGUGGGGACACUUGGUGACCAUCUGGAGAUUACCCUGCAUCAGCCCCGGGGCAAACUCUGAUGGAUCAAAGAUGUCACAGAAGUGGAAACUGUGAACUCCAACUAGAGCCAGAAAUGGAACACUGUGUCACCUAGCAAACUGAACUAUGUAGAAGAAAUGUCCAAAAGCCAAGAACCUCCUCCUUCUGCUUUGUCUAAGGACCAACAGGCAAAGCCAAAAGACAACCGUCACAUGGAGGUCUUGUAAGGCUUAUCUGUAACCUCACAGAUAA